CUAUUACCAAUACAAUCAUAAUGCCAAAACGAGAGGCAUAAAAGAAAACUGAAUAACAAGGCACGAGCAAUAAUUAAGUGAAAUUAGUCAAAUAGUAAAAUUCACAUAGCCAUAUUUUCAACGCUAAGGCUCGGCUGCUUACAAGUGUUGCACAGAUAAAAGAUCAUGACGUUACCGCGUUCCGAGACGCCAUUGCGUCGCUCUGCGGUGGGCAGCCACCGGGAGAGUAUGCUGCGUGACCUAACGACCAUGGUGAACGACGAUGAGGCGGAACGUCGCGAGGCACGACGCCGCACGCUGCUGCAGCAGCAAACCCGACCCCGAGACAGCAGCGUUCUGGAGUCCAUCGAAGAAAACGAAACCAUUCGCAAAUGCCUAGAGAUCUACAAUGGUAACAAGCUGAGCCGUGACAAUGCCUGGAGCCUGUCGUUGAUCGAUACGCUAUCUAGUCUGCUGGAUCGACAUCACAAGACGCUGAGCAACUUUAAGAUGGCUGGCUCAUCAUUGGAGGCUUCCUCAAAGGUGUAUGGCCUGCGCGUGGAUUCAAUUUAUCUGGAUGCUAUGCGCAUGUCUGCCGGACUUAGUGCGCGCACGCUCACUGAGAAGCAGCUAAAUGCAGCCGCCGACCGCGAUGAGAGCAUUGCGGACCAGGCAGAAGGCGGCGCUGCUGAUGAUAUUGAAGCAGCUCCAGGCGCGGCGCCAAAGGCUAAGAAACGCACACGCAAAGCCGUCUCUACGGUGACAAAGAAUAAGGAGACGCUGAAUGCACGUUUAGAUACGGCGCCUUUGCAGGAUCCGGUAUUUGGUAAACUAAACUCUACGGUGGGCUCAAUAAACGCCUCCAAUCGGCUUAUGCACAACAUAUUGCCAACGGUGGACUCUGAGCUGCGACUGCGUACAAACUAUCGUUUCUGGCAAGAUCAAAAGCUGCCAGAAGAGGUGCAAGACUAUACGAUAGUGGACAGUGAUAUAAAGAAUUUGGAUACACAGACGUUGGUCAGCGCCGAGUGGGCCAAGAAGUUGCGGCGCUAUGAUCAACAGCUUAAGCUACGACCUCUGCACACGGGCUACAUUAUAACCGAUGCGCCCAACCCGAUCAAUACCAACGAUCCAGCAGCUGCGAAUUUAGAAGAUAAUAACGAUAUGGGUGUGGACAAUGCUGAUGAUUUUUAUGAGAAUCCAAAAGAGCUAUCCAUGGCCUUUGACAUCAAUGCCGAGUGCGAACCAAUGCCGGAGCUCGAUGCGCCGGCGGCUACAGUUCUAGAGGUUGACUACAAUGAGUUAGAGGAUCUAACAACUGAGGAGCGCACGACGUUGCAGCAUUGUCGUGCCUUGCGCAAACAGCCAGUGUUGAUUGAGGAUCUGCGACCCGUUGACGGCAGCUCUAAGCUUGAGUACUCCUAUCGGCCAAUGGACCAAAUCUCUCAGUUCUGGGCGGGACCAUCGCACUGGAAGUUCAAGCGUACACGGGCACGUAGCACCCUUGGACACACCAAUGCACAGGAUAACGUAGCCGCAGGCGGCAGCGGCGGCACAGCAGCUGCGGCACGAAUACGCCGUGCCGCGCUGCAGGCGGCGAAGCGACGCAGCAAGCAGCUGAACUUUGGCGAGUGCACGGAGAAUCUCUUCCAGACGCUCGAUUCGAACACAAAACUGCGCAAGGCCAACUAUCAAAAGCGAUGGGAUGCUCGCAAACUCAUGUUGCCCACCAAGUUCGAGUUUGAACCCAAUUAUUUCUAUCGAUACGAUUAUGCGCCCAGCAUCAAAGUGAGUCGGCGAUAUGGUGUGCAGGAUGACGAAGACGACAUGGAUAGGGAUACGAACACGGCUGCUGACGAUGCUGCCGAUGAUGUGGAACUCUUUGACAAUGAUCACUUUGAACCGGACACGCCUCAUUCGCCAGGCGAAAUGAAUGUGAGCACCAUGAAUUUGAGCGGGGAGCCGGGCGCCACGUUCUUGGCCGGUGAGCAAGCCACCUGCGGCAAUCUGAGCCAAGGGAACACAACGAUGCGCAAUAACUGCAAUGAUACGGUACUCGAGAUUGCCACCGAUUUCGAGGGAGCACCAACGCAGGUCACCAAAGUAAUUGUGCCUUUUGCGAAACGUGCCAAGGUUAUUGACAUGAAGAAUCUCAAGCGCAGCUGCAAUUCUCUGAUACAAAAACAAUUGCUAAGCAAUGCCACCAUGGAGGAGGAGAAAAUACCCGCUCAUGCGAAAGCGAAGGAGGAGCAGUAUGCCAAAGGCAUGGCCACGUUUAAGGAGGUCUACGACAAGUUACCCAGCGUGCUGUCCACCAAAAUGGCUGAUUCGCUCUCGCCCUCGGUGGCGCUUUAUGCCGUGCUGCAUUUGGCCAACGAUAUGAGAUUGCGUCUCAUACCACAAGACGAUUUUGAGAACUUUACAAUAAGACAAGUAUCGGAAUAGCAUAGAAAAUGUAUUUAGCUUUAGGAAAAAGUGUACAGUGAAGUCAAUUUUCUUAAUCACAUGAAGCAGUAUUCCCACAAACAAAUCAGCCCACACUCCAUACAAAUGAACUGCUAUAAUUUCUUAAUAUUCGUAGUGCAUCGUGUUCUAUAUAUAUAUUCUUUUAAAUGUUAAGGUUGGUUCAGAAGAAUCUUCAUUUGAUAACAGACAACAUUGUAAUUGAAUUUGAAUGUUAAUUAUGCAACGGCUUAAUAUAUGUUUAUUAACUCUGUAUGUGUUCGUCAUGUUUGUCACAAUUUAAAAGUAAAAUUUUAUCUCCCAACAGACAAUUCAUUUUAGAGUAUAUUUUUAAGAUUUAUAAUAAAUCUAAUUA